CAAAGUUACCCUGCUUUACCUUAACCUUCGUGGUGUACUCUUCGAGGUUAGCCACGAGAUUCAGUGUUUCUUAAUCAUAAAUUUGUAGAAUAUGAAAGCAAACAAAAUUGGUUACAAAAAUGAUUCCAUUCAAGCGUAUUGUUACAGAACAACUAAAACGACGCAGUAAUUCAGUAAUAUCACCAUGUUUGAGACAAUUAAAGCCUACGGUAACAUUUGGUCACAAUGCAAGGGAAAAAAGUGAUAAGAGCAACCUGUCGAUAUCCUCGUUAUUCCGACCUGUUCCUGUCAAAACAGAUCCAAACGAUCUAAACGUUGGUGCUGAGUUAACUGGUUUUUUGAAGAAAACCGACAUUAUCAAAGUUUUGUCCACUUUUGGGCACAAGGAGUCGGUCAAAGAUUUAGCUUUAAAAUAUGGCUUGGAUAAGACUCUUAUAACCACGGCAUUGAGUUCUUUUCGAUCUUAUUGUCUACAAAACAAUUCUCUACCUGUAGAUCUUCAUGUUGUUCUAAAUGACAUAAUUCACGGAGCUGGAAAUAUUACAGAUAUAUUUCCUUACUUUAUACGUUUUACUAAACAAUUGUAUCCACACAUCGAGUGUCUAGACGAUCUUAAGAAAAUUAGCGAUCUCAGGCAUCCACCUACUUGGUAUACUCAAGCAAGGGCCAAAACCAGAAAAAUUAUAUUUCAUGCUGGACCUACAAAUAGUGGUAAAACCUAUCAUGCUUUGCAAAGGUUUAUGAACGCAAAAUCGGGCGUUUAUUGUGGACCACUCAAACUAUUAGCAGUCGAAGUAUUUAACAAGUGCAACACGAUGGGUACACCUUGUGACUUAAUAACAGGGGAAGAAAGGAGUUAUGCAAAAAAUGAAAUGUCUCCUGCAAAUCAUGUUGCAUGUUCUGUAGAGAUGGUAAAUGUACAAAAUGUUUUCGAAGUAGCUGUAAUAGAUGAAAUCCAAUUAGUACGCGAUCCGAGUAGAGGAUGGGCAUGGACGAGAGCUCUUCUGGGCCUUGUUGCGGACGAAAUACAUUUAUGCGGCGAAGUUGCUGCUAUACCUAUAAUAGAAUCUAUAUGUGCGACAACGGGAGAAACGGUAGAAGUGCACACGUAUAAACGGCUGACCGAUCUCGUUAUAGAAGACAAAGCACUAUAUAGCUUAAGCAAUGUACAGGCAGGAGAUUGCAUAGUUUGUUUUAAUAAAAAUGAUAUAUUUACUGUGUCGCAAACAAUCGAACAAAUGGGAAAGCAGGUAGCAGUGAUAUAUGGUAGUUUGCCACCAGGUACAAAGCUUGCACAAGCGGCCAAGUUUAACGAUCCAAAGAAUCCGUGCAAAAUCUUAGUAGCUACCAAUGCGAUAGGAAUGGGCCUUAAUUUACACAUUCGUAGAAUUAUAUUUUAUUCUGUUUUUCAACCAAUUGUUAACGAAAAAGGAGAGAAAGAAAUAGACACGAUUUCGGUAUCAACCGCGCUACAAAUAGCGGGACGCGCCGGUCGCUACCAAACCCAAUGGACAACAGGUUAUGUUACAACUUUUAGGUCUGAGGAUCUUCCUGUCUUACAAAAAUUAUUAGUACAGACUCCAGAGAAAAUACAACAGGCUGGACUUCAUCCCACUGCUGAUCAAAUAGAGUUAUAUGCUUAUUACCUGCCAGACACAACGCUAUCGAAUCUUAUUAAUAUUUUUGUCGCCCUGUCCGAAGUCGACGACUCGCUUUACUUCAUUUGCAAUUUAGACGAUUUUAAAUUUCUCGCUGACAUAAUAGAACAUGUACCGUUAUCUCUUCGUAUGCGAUAUGUGUUUUGUUGUGCGCCCAUUAAUAGAAAAAGUCCGUUUGUAUGCAGCAUGUUCUUAAAGUUUGCCCGGCAAUGUAGCAGAAACAAUAAAAUAACUUUUGGUUGGUUGGCUGAUCAAAUUAAAUGGCCGCCAAAAACACCAACAACUAUAAAUGAUCUUGUGCACUUGGAAGCAGUAUUCGAUGUUAUGGAUAUUUAUCUUUGGUUUAGUUAUCGGUUUACAGAUAUAUUUCCUGACGGCAUUCAGAUUCGAGAGAAACAAAGACAAUUGGACAAAAUCAUCGAAACAGGAAUUCAGGAAUUGAAAAUAUCGUUCCAGACAUCUCAAAAAAGUAAGAAAUAUGACAAAACAGAGCAAACUAAGACUGAUACAUCGACAGAAAGAAAUGAUAUUCGAUCACCGAAAUAUGAGUGGAAAGGAAACGUAACUAAUUCUCUGAUAUCUCAAGGUCUUUUAACGCGAAAGUUAGUACAUCAAUUACAAAUGGAAUGGUCUCAGAAUGAAAAAUCGAGGAAUGAGUAUUCAGAUAAUUUAAAAAAAGAAGAAAGUAAUUUUAGACCACAGAAAAAGCGUUGAUAAUUGUUUAGUGUUGUAAUUUUUUUCUGUAUGAAUUAAAUCAAUAUUACAAAUGUAUAUAAUUUUUAUAUUUGGAUAGCCCAAUUUAAAGUAUAAAUUGUAUAAAUCCAAAUUAAUAAAAUUAAAGAAAUUUUUUAUGAA